GCUGACGGCCUUUGACAGUUGACACGGGAGGAGGGGUAAAAAGUUUUGUUUCUGUAGUCGACUAAUAUGCUAAUUAGCCAUUGGAGUGUGCGACCCCAUUGGCUCGUCGUCCGAGACAAUUUCCCACUUGCAGCCUGACGUCAUGUGCGCUCCAAAGCUCUUAAACUCAACUGAUGUGUGAUGCCUGCUUCAAAAAAUCGCUCCCGUGUCCAGCCUUCACUCGCUCGCCCAAGCUCGCUUGCAGCCGGCUGCUUCGGGUCGCGAUGUCUCCGUGAGAAAAGGCGCGUGAAAAGUUGUUAAAUGUUUGAAAUACAACGCGCGCGCCGAGAAGGGACUCCGCUCCUCGUGUGCGUGACACCCGGCCGGUGUGUGUGCGGGACAGCCUGCGCUGAGCGACGGCCAAAGUAGUCCCAACCAGGACGCAGAAACUCUUCUUCGUGACGCUUUCGACAAACUCCCUCAAAGUGGCUCACGUUCUCGCCAACCAGCCCGGCGCGACGGCUGCUCUUCAGCCCGUCUGGAGGACUGUGAGCAGCAGUAGCAGCAGCAGCAGCAGCAGCAGCAGCAAGAGGAUGGCAUCAGAGCUGGCAAUGAGCAACUCCGACCUGCCCACCAGUCCCCUGGCCAUGGAAUAUGUUAAUGACUUCGAUCUGAUGAAGUUUGAAGUGAAAAAGGAGCCGGUCGAGCCCGAUCGCACCAUCAGCCAGUGCAGCCGCCUCAUCGCCGGGGGAUCCUUGUCUUCCACGCCGAUGAGCACGCCCUGUAGCUCUGUGCCCCCCUCCCCGAGCUUCUCGGCGCCCAGUCCGGGCUCGGGGAGCGAGCAGAAGACACACAUAGAGGACUUCUACUGGAUGUCCGGUUACCAACAGCAACUCAAUCCAGAGGCGCUGGGCUUCAGCCCCGAGGACGCGGUCGAGGCGCUCAUCAACAGCAGCCACCAGCUCCAGUCGUUCGAUGGCUACGCCAGAGGCCAGCAGUUCGCAGGCGCUGCCGGCCCGGGAGGCGCCAUGGCCGGGGAGGAGAUGGGCUCAGCCGCGGCGGUAGUUUCGGCGGUCAUCGCUGCAGCCGCCGCACAGAACGGGGCUCAGCACCACCACCACCAUCACCACCACAGCCACAACGGGUCCGGGGGAGGAGGAGGGGGCGGCGGAGGUGGCGGUCACCACCAUCACCACCACCAGUCGCCGGGCAUCCAGUCCAACGGCGUCUCCGGGACAAAUCACCACCCGCACAUGCGCCUGGACGACCGCUUCUCAGACGAGCAGCUGGUCACCAUGUCCGUGCGGGAGCUCAACCGGCAGCUGCGGGGGGUCAGCAAGGAAGAAGUGAUCCGGCUCAAGCAGAAGAGGAGGACCCUCAAGAACCGAGGCUACGCGCAAUCGUGUCGCUUCAAGCGCGUCCAGCAGCGGCACGUCCUGGAGGGCGAAAAGACGCAACUGGUGCAGCAGGUGGAGCACCUCAAGCAGGAGAUCUCCAGGCUGGUCCGGGAGAGGGACGCGUACAAAGAAAAGUAUGAGAAGCUCAUCGGCAACGGCUUCAGAGAAAGUGGCUCGAGCAGCGACAACAACCCGUCAUCUCCGGAAUUUUUCAUGUCAUCCAGAAAAUUCCUCCAUCUGUGAUUUCAAGCCCCAUUCCUCCGCGCCCUUGGUUCCCUGAGACAACUCCACAACUGAGCAGUUAGGACAUCAGAGCGGAUGGCUGAUCGCACGAAGACACCAACAAAGCACAACAUUCAAAAAUGUCUUCACCAAAGUGACGGAAAACAAAUCUCCCUCAAAAUUGCUACUUCUGACUCUUCCCUGAUAUUUUAUCUUCAGUUUUUUUUCUACAUAACACAAAAAGGGGGAAAAAAAAGAAAAAGACUAAACUCAAGAGACAGUGACACCGGGAGGACUACUUUCCCUUCAGCAGGAACUUCACUAAUGCAUGCUUCUGUAAAUAGAUCAUAAUAAAACCGUCCCCACACUCCUAAUGCGGGCCACAUACCGAGUCGUUCUCACCAUGCCAUAAACCUUCACAACUGUGUAUAGACCUCAUGGCUCACCAUUUUCCACAUGAAACCACUAUCCUUGUUCCAGACACCAUGUGAUUAUCGUUUCCAGUAUCAUAUUCUCAUCAGCUUAUUGGGAGUGUAAAAAAAGCAAAAGUUGCUUAUGAUUAUCACUGGCUUGGUCUUCCCCCUCCAGUAUUCGCUUGAGUACAUGUAAAUAAAGGUGGAUGAAGAUAAAAGCAUGGAACAAUAUACACUACAGAGUGUGUGUCCCUGCAGCUGUUCAGUACUAUAUUGUAGAUCUUAACAUCCAUAUGUGGAUAUUUUAGAAACGGUUUCCAACAAAACUUUUUUCUAAUAUGAACACUCUAAAACACAAUGAUGUGUUUUGCUAGGCUGCAUUAAGAUCGUAGAUAUAGUCUUCAUAUUAGUAUUAUUCAGAUGUCUCCCUCAUUCAUGAUCUAUGUAAUUCAAUUGUUUGUUGUGUAUGUUCUGCCCACCUCCUCAUUGAGUGGAGACUUAUUUCUUUUCAUGGCGGUGGGUGCUCUCAUCCUGACCUAAUAAACGGGGCAAAGAACACCUCAUCGAUUGCAAUGUAAACGAGGACACCUCUGUCUUUAGUGGACCGUUGUGAUAACCAAAUGGACUGACAGAUAAGAUGCCAAAUUGGUGGACAGACAAACGCAGUGGAAACGAAAGACAACCUUUACAUGGACUACAGGGAACUGAACACCGCACGUCCACCGUUUAACACCCCCUACCUCUCAGUGAGUGAUCUGGACAGAGGCUUCUAUCACUUAUUUCCGACAACAUCAAUCUGCUUUUCUGCUGCAUGACACAUGGAGAACCUUUGCUUAUUGUUGGAUGCUACAAGCAGACACUUUGUUUGGGGAAAUAAAAUAAUUCUGACGCUCAGUGAAAUAAGCUAGCACAUGCUAAGCGGUUCACAACCAAAUCACAAAAGUACUGCUCAAAUAUACCGCUGUAUAUAUGUACAGUAUUCCCACAAUGUAUAGCCAGAGAAGCUGCAUGUUGAGUUGGAACUUGAUCACUACAUAAGGCUCAUCACUUCUCCUCACAAGUAACACGACUCAUGUAGUUUUAACUUACCUAUUCCAAUAGUAAAGGUUGCAACUCGGCCAAAUGCGAAGCAGCAGAGUCACUAGGUCUUAAACUUUUUUAAGGGACAUGUAACGUCACUUUUGAUGUCCCACAGAACCUGGCUACAGUGAGCGUAGGUGGGGGAAGAGAAGAAGGCUGGCAAAGUGGGGCGCGCCAAUUAAAUGGCAGCGUACAAAGUGGUACAGGGCAUCCCGCCAGCAGCUGUCCAUUCAUCCAACGUCAAAGGGAUUUGUACAUCUCAGCGAGUCGACAAGCUGCCAGAGAAGUCCAAAACCAAAGUAGAGUUCUGAAAGCUAAUGGCAUCCAACUUUCGGCACAGUUACGAUUUUGGUCCGUUCAUUCUUUAAAGUAAUACAGAGGAGGGUCCCUGACAUGACCGUUGGGCAGAAUUUCAUUACCUUGACCCUCCCCAGGUUCAAGGUAAGGCAAAGGAGGAGAGCAGGCAAUAUAAGGAAUUGGAACAUGCACACAAAUAAAGCAAAAUUUGUAAUUGUUGCUGUCAGACACAUGCUCCCACACAGACUAAUCUAAAGAGCAAGACAAUAUGUAAACAGAUCGUCAACAUAAUGGGAUUGUUCAGUGUGCAAACAAUAAGCUGUUAGCGUAAUCACAGGUCAAAGAUAUAUUACCCGGUUGGCCAUGUUGUAGGUAUAUUAACAUGAUGGAUAUGUGGGUGGGAGGCCUGGCCGUUGCAAUGUAAACGAUACAAAAUUAUAUGGAUGUAUUGUAGAGUCCCACACAAGGCUGUUUCUCCUCUCAGCUUCUUCAUCUAGUUCUUCAUAAGACGUUUCACCCAUUGUUUACAAUUCCCACUCUCUAAUUUUCGACACAAUUUACAUAAGCCUCAACUAUCAGAAAAUCAACUUAUCGAUUUAUCCUCCCAUCAGCCCAACCCAAGUGUAAUCAUAUUUACUGGAGAUGAGUUUAGCCUACUCAUAAAUGUUGUAUCUGCACUUUUCCGUGCUUGCCGUAAAUAAGUGUCAGUCAAGAUGUAGGAUAUUGUGUACAACAGUGCACUUUCAGCUAAUUAACUUACGUGGCCAUUGGAUUGAUUACCACUUUAGCCAUUCUUUCAACUAGUUGAAAAGUCUGUGUCUAUCUGACUAAACACCCCAUGAACGUAAUCUCUGCCUCCAUGGACCACUGAAGCUGAUUCAUGGGAGGACAAUCAUUAAAAACUGUUUUAAGGUAGAGCAUAAGUAAAGGAAUAACUGUUAUUCAUUCAGUGUGAAAAUCAAAAACCGCAAGAAAUCAUUAGACUAACAAUUGAGAAUAAUUGUAAAAACAACUUUUUUGCUGGAGCGUCACGAUUAACAGUGACCUCAAGCCAGACAUGCUUGUGGGAACAGGGUCAAAGGUGAAAGGAUUAUAGAGACGGGAAUUGCUCCGCUCUUAAUCCCCACCUUUUGGCAUAAAAACUGUACUCUUCAGAGGGUAUAAAGCUGUUGAAAUACAAUUCACUGUCUGUUGCAUUGCUUAUAGAAAUAUUCCUUUGUCUUGAUGUCAUGAUAUAAACAGACAGAGGCAAUAGAUGAGGCGUAUUCCUGCAGCCAAGAAGUAGCCGAGACUGAGCAGCCCUCCUUGUGUCAAAAUGUAAUGACAGGGAUAAAUAUGAGUCUUUAAAGCCCAUCCUCCCUCCUCAUUCUGGCCAGCACAUAUGAACAGUUAGCCAUCAAGCCAUUCACUAAGACGUGAUCACCCAAGAAGUUUUACAGAGGAAUAGAGAGAAUCAGAUUAACCGAAAAAAAGAAGCUCUGGGCGGACCUUCCAUUGAUAAAUGCUUUAAACCAAAUCUUUAGUGUCUAAUUAGGUAGUGGGGGAAAACAGAUGCUUUAAACUUCUUUGUUUGUGAACUCCUCUAAAGGAAUCGUAAAGGAUCAAGGCAAAAACAUACUGUGUUCAAAGCAGGAACGAGAGGGAUUUAUGAAUAUGUACAAUCCUGCUGUUGAAAUAAAUAAAUAGCCAGAAGGUGUAGACAGGUGGCGUUCCACCCUGCAAUGUUUAGCCAUACAGUCUGCCUUCUGACAGGUUUGAUUUACUAUGCUAUUUGCAUGCUUUAAAGCACAACUGAUGAAGCUAAUGUAUUUAAAAAACAUCAAAUGGACUUCCUGGUAGCUGAGACAGGCUUAUUUAAGGCCAUGCAAAGAUGUUUUGCUGCUAUUCAGACUGAGGCCGUUUGAACUACUGGCUGGACAUCAGGGUUUACAAUGUAGAGUCAAGUGGCUUAAGAGGAUAGCGUAGGAUGCAUGCUAUUCUCCCUGCUGUGAACAACGCGAAAUCCUUCAGUUUAAGAGUAGUGAAAUGUUUGGAGCAUUCGAGACAGUUACACAUCCCUUUCAUCCUCGCCGAUACAUCAGAAAAGUGUAGUGGUAUAGGUCAACAGGCGAUAAGCGUAUGCUAACAAAGCGGUACGUUUAACGGCCACAUCAUCAAUGGAUCUGACAAAAAAUGUUUUGUAGUGCAUAAAGAAAUAGACAGUACAUUCUCACAACCAGAGAGUUUGUUGCAACAUCACAGUUAUUGACAGUUGGCGAGCAAAAUUAUGCAAAAAUGACUGAAACUACUUGCAUAAAUGUGAAGGGGUGGGGCUGUACGUAUUACGUUUCAUCGUAGAUGAAGGACUAUUUUGUUAACAUUCUCUUGCGUUCCGUUUUUUCUCUUUUCAUUGAAACACGAAGAGGGUCACUGAGAUUGCAAACUGUAUUUCGUGUAAAAACUGCUGCUGGUCGACAAUUACGUUUUCUCAUAUCACAUCGCAAUGGGCCCCCGUCUCGGUUAGCAGAGGUUAAUUUGAGUACGCCCUAUACUGUUGUAAAGGUGGAUAUUAUUUCCCACAUGGGCUUGAAUGAAGACUUUGAUUAUUCAAAAAAGUAGACCCUGGGCUGGCUCCGUUAUCGUCGGAGGAGUCGUAAGCUGCACUAACAGCUUCCAGGGUCUUAUUGCAAUGGCGAUCAGCCCCUUGCCACUUGGCCUCCGUGACCCCAGUCUGAGAUAAGCUUCAUGGGAAAGCACAUUAACAUGCUCCUGGAGUCACUUGACUCCUUUAUCAAAGGCGGUUAUGUGAAAUCGAGUGUUUAUGGACCCCCGGUGAGGACGCGGUACUGCCAAUACGAGAGGCUGAGUGCAGACAAUGGACUUGUGGGGAGACCGGAGAAAAUAAUGCGGAUGUGUUUUUUUACUUAAUGAGCAAUAUCUUUUGUGACUGCAAUAACCCAUGAGGAGGUUACCUAGCCAUGAAUCAGAUAAACACUGUCAAUACAGUAUAUCCAUGUCUUCCUUUUCUUAUCAAGAUGGUAACCUAUGCUUAAAUGUACAUAUCGAUAUAACACUGUAUGAUAGUUUUCUCCUUUUGUUAAUUAAAUGACCAACCUUUCUCCUACAUUGCUUUUGUAAAGAACGCUUUCCAAAAGAUGCCUUUUUUGUUAUAUAGCAUUUUCCAUAGACAAAAACAAAUACAGUGUCAGAGACGUGUACCUGCCAAUGGUCGGAUCACUGCUGAAAGACCCUCUCAGUUUGUCCGCGAUGAUGGAUGGUGAUGUGUCUUCUUACACGAUGUUUUUACUGGACAGACAGAGGGAGAAAGAUAUGGCCUCAGCUUAAUGUCCUUCCCUGGUGCUGUGCAUGCUCUUUCCUAUUUGCUUUUCCCUUCACGGCACAGUUAACAUCAUAAAUUAACUUUUCCAACUACCCUGUGCACAGAGACUGGAGUGUAAUAGAGACAAAUAAAAUUUAAAAAAAAAGUCUGUUAUGUAAUGUUGUGGCAUUGGUCAAAUGCAUCGCCUGCAACAGAAUUAAGGUAUUCCUUUGUAACAAUAGAGGAUUAAAAAAAGAUCAUAGCAUUCUAUUUUAAUGAAUGUGCAUGGACUGUACGCUGUACGCUACAACCCACAUUUGUUCUCCAUCUCCAUACCUGACACAUAGUAAGGUGAACGAAAAGCAGAUCCCUCUCAUCAUAGUUCACAUAUGUAAAUAGGGUGUAAAUAUCAAAUACCUAUGCAUGCUAAUAUACAAGCAAUUUGUUCAGGUACUUUUGUAAUCCAGAAUUCUCAUAUGGCAUGGAAGGAAAAAAAGAAUAAAGUGUGAAAAAAGCAUACAGUUUGUAAAUAAUUCAAAUAAGAAGAUAUGUAUUUAGUGUUAAUGUUUUCUUACUGAUGCAUCGGUCUGACAUUUACAGUCCUCUGCUUGUAUUAUUAAUCCAUGUUUGUAUGUUUCGUAAAGGUAGGACUGAGGCAAGAAAGGACCAUUCAUCAUUUUUUGUUUGAAAAUUUGUGUGUAGGGGGGGAAACAUAUUGGUCUCCAAAUGCUUACAAUUGAUGUUUAAUUGUGGCUGCUGAGAGUCUUACAAAUGAUAAAAUGCCAUGGAAUACAGUUUAGUGAGAGAAAAAAAAAAAGCUGAAUACUUCAGUCAGGCAAAAAUUAUCACCA